UUGCAUCUCCACUUUGCUCGUUAACCUUAUUCAAAUCUGAGCAGAAACGUUUGCAUUUGGAGAUCAAAGGCGUAAAUCAUAAGGGCUUAAAACAAAAGUUUGACAAAAUGAAACGAUGCAAAUAUUGUGAUAGUGGGAGUACGAGACACCAAGAUACUGUGAAUGCAGACAGGAUCAGUGAGUUGCCUGAAGCUCUGAUUCUGCAGAUACUGUCUCUCCUUCCUACAAAAGAAGCCAUAGCUACGAGUGUCUUGUCUAAACAAUGGCAGUCUCAUUGGAAGAUGCUGCCUAAACUCAAGUUUGAUUGUAGCGAUCACAAGCCUGUACGCGGAACAAUGACAUUUUCAACUAAUAUUUGCAGGUCGUUGCUUUCUUACAAUAAGGCUCCGGUUUUAAAGAGUUUGCAUCUGAAAAUUUGUUUCUCUAGAUGUUCUACAAUUGAUAUUGGAAUCUUGAUUGGAAUUGCACUGUCCCGGAAUGUGCGUAAGCUGGUACUAGAAUGUUCACUUUUGAACGUUUUCAAAUUUCCGAGAUGCUUAUUGUAUAACUGUGAAACACUAGAGACCUUGAAACUCAAGUAUUCGGCUCGUAUCGAUGUCCCUUCUUCGAUUCGUUUGAAAUCCCUUACAACUCUGCACCUUGACCGUGUGGACUUCAAAAACGAUGAAUCUGUGGUUAACCUUUUAUCUGGUUGUCCUAAUCUUGAAAAUUUGAUGGUGCAUCUAUUUCCAAUAAGGCGUUUGAAUACUUUGAAGAGUUUCAAAAUUGUGGUGCCAUCGUUACAGAGACUGUCCAUAUUUGGUAGCAGGCGUGGAAGGCUACAGGGCUAUGUGAUAAAUGCUCCUUCUUUAAUAUACUUGAAGAUUGAAGGGAUUUGUGGUCAUGACUUUUGUCUGAUUGAGAACGUACCAAAGCUGGUGGAGGCAAAUAUCAUUGAUGUCUCUGAUAUAGUCAAUGAGAACCUUCUGGGAUCUCUAACUUCACUCACACGUCUUUCCUUGGCUUUGUCAUCACCCUUGAAGAUUAAGUUUCCUACGGGUAGCAUCUUCCACCAGCUAGUAUAUUUGGAGCUACAUACAAAUAAAGAAGAAUGGUGGAAUCUACUUACACUCAUGCUCGAUAGUUCUCCUAAAUUGCAAGUCCUCAAGCUCAUUGAUUCUCGGCCACUGGGUUCAAGAAAAGAUCUUGUGGCUCAUGGGCAAUGGAACCAACCAAAUAAUGUUGCGGAAUGUUUGUUGCAUCAUCUCGAGACAUUUGUGUGGAAUGGUUACAAAGAGAAACUAGAAGAGGAGAUAGAGGUGGCGAAAUACAUCCUCAGAAAUGCAAAUUGCUUGAAGGAAGCAACUAUCUCCAUAAUAGGCCUUAACUCAUACGAGAGACUUGAGAUGCUUAAAGAGUUGGAGAGUGUGGUCAGGGUUUCGAAUUCAUCAUGC